AUGGCCACCAACCCCCCUCCCACCGCCACCGGCUCCAGCAAGGUCGAUGCCGCGAAGGCUAAGCUCGCGGCCGCUGACCCUACCGCUCGCACUGGCCUUGACCUGUACUCGCGAUUCGCUUUCGCCGGUGCCGUCUGCUGCUCCGUCACCCACGGAGCCCUCACACCCGUCGAUGUCGUCAAGACCAGGAUUCAGCUUGACCCCGUCACCUACAACACUGGUCUGAUCGGUGGCUUCAGGAAGACCAUUGCCAAUGAGGGUAUGGGCGCCGUCUGGACCGGUUUCGGUCCCACCGCUGCCGGUUACUUCCUCCAGGGUGCCUUCAAGUUCGGAGGUUACGAGUUCUUCAAGCAGCAGUCCAUCAACCUCGUCGGUUACGAGACCGCUGCCAACAACCGUACUGCCGUCUACCUCGCCUCUGCUGCCGUCGCCGAGUUCUUCGCCGAUGUCGCCCUCUGCCCUCUUGAGGCUACCCGUAUCCGUCUUGUCGGUGACCCAACCUUCGCCAACGGUCUCGUUGGUGGAUUCUCCAAGAUCCUAAAGAACGAGGGUGUCGGUGCCUUCUACUCUGGUUUCGGACCUAUCCUGUUCAAGCAGGUUCCCUACACCAUGGCCAAGUUCGCCGUCUUCGAGAAGGUCAACGAGGCCGUCUACUCCGUCGUCGACAAGAGCAAGACCUCCAACGGAAUGCAGACUGUCUACAACUUGGGCUCUGGUAUCAUUGCCGGUUUCGCCGCCGCCAUCAUCUCCCAGCCUGCCGACACCAUGCUUUCCAGGAUCAACAAGACCAAGGGUCUUCCCGGAGAGGGAACCACCUCCCGUUUGAUCAAGAUCGCCAAGGAGCUUGGUCUCCGUGGUUCAUUCGGUGGUAUCGGUGCUCGUCUUUUCAUGGUUGGUACCCUGACUGCUGGUCAGUUCGCCAUCUACGGUGACAUCAAGAAGGCUCUUGGUGCUACCGGUGGUGUCGAGAUCGCCAAGACCAACUAA